AUGCGAUCCAAUUUUGUCCUAGCUGGUGUUAUGUUUAUUUUCUCCAUGCUGGUUUCACAUUUACAAGCAGCCCCGAUAGAGCUUUCUGAACGUAUUUCUGAACGCUCUGGAACCAAUGAAGGAAGUGCUGCUGAUUGGAAGCGUUCUGGAACCAGCGAGGGAAGUGCGGCAGACUGGAAGCGGUCCGGAACCAAUGAAGGAAGUGCGGCAGACUGGAAACGCUCUGGGACCAAUGAAGGGAGUGCAGCUGAUUGGUGA